CCCGACUGUGUGAUUACAGCACUCAACAGGUGAACAAACAUCUUACCUGUAAAUCCCACACAAAUGACCCCUAUUCUAAGAAACUCAAUGUGGUGAUAAUUGCAGUAAUUAACUUCAGGAGGUAAAUAGCCCCUAUACAAAGCCUAUCAAAAUUGCUAUUUAUUUUGAGUGCUUUUAUACAAAUCCCAAAAACAAUUCUGAUUUCUUCUUUUGUUAUAUCUUCAUAUGGGUCCUUCACAUGGAAUAAAUAACUCCAUUUAUUACUCCCCCUUUACCCUGAAUUUAAAUUAAGUCCCUUGGAUUUGAUCUCUAUCAGUGCAGUAUUUUAACUCUUAAGCAGUGCUUGGAAGUGAGUGAAGCCGGGUUCAGGACUACUUAUAAUGGAACACACUUCAGGAUGGCUCAGUCUUGGUCCCAACCCUGAGGUGAACACACUACCCUACCCUCAGACAAACUGGAACUCUCCCACACACACAUGGACACAAUGGAGAAUGCCAAACAACUGAAGGCCUUGCUGUGUAUCCAUGAUGAGGCAAUCAGCAAAAUUCAACAUUUAGAAAGCAUUCAAAAGGAACUUGACCAGAGAUUGUUCCAGGCCUCAGUGACUGGGCAGAAUGAAUUCCAGCGCCAAUACCUACUGCGACUCUCAGUGAUUGAGGGAUACCAGUACAUGGUCAAGUGUUACAGGAGGAAGGUCUGGUCCAGGGUUCUGGAGUUGUCUAACCUGAUCCUCCAGACUUCCCCUGGGGAGGCAGUGACCGUUCUCCCAGAGUCCCCUACCAGAAGACUGGUCAUUGAUAGAAUGGCCCAACCAGAGACUGAGAACUUCUGUCAGAUGUACAGAAGUCAGUGAAUAAUCGCAGGAACCCAAGCAUUACAGGCCAUUAACUGUGAUAUGGAGUUGUUUGACACUUGCUUGAAAAUGCAUAAGGCUGUGCUAAUGUAAAAUUGUGCUUAACUUUCUGAACAAAAAAUCCAUGGGACAUAGAACUUACUAUGAGAGCAAAAAUCUAAAGACCUUUACUCAAUGAUCCACCAUGUUAAUAUAGUGAUUAGAAAUAUAAAACUUUAAACACUGUGAUUUAUACAACACAACGUGCCAAAUAAAUUUUGUUCCAGAAAAAGA